ACUCCCCCUCCCCCUCCAUUAGGUCCUUCAAAAGCACAGCAGAAUCAGCUAAAGCAAAAGAAACCCCAGAACAGAACAAGAAGCAAGAAUACCAGUAUACCACAACAGCGACUGACACAAAUCCUGCUGCCCUGCUACUUCCCCACAUUAUAAUAUGCAGUCACAUUGCACAGCCGCAGCGUCGCAUUGCAUUUGCGCCACCCGCAUGAGAAGAAGCUCUUAGAAGAGCAGCAGCAGCAGCAGAAGAAGAAGAAGUCUCUGCAGGGAGGCAACAGAAGAGAGGAAGGAGGAGGCCACGCAAGAACAAGACGCUGCACGGCGACGACCACCGGGUAUCAUGAGAAGGCUGGCAUGGUCCGUGAGGCGGGCGGCGGUGGCGGCAUUGGCCAUCUUGUUUGGAGCUCUUGUUUUGAUGUCGCUGGUCAUGGACAACGGCAAGAAAUCGGCUCUGCCGGCGAGCGACGCCGCGAUCGGCGGGAGGAGGAUGAUGCUCAGAGCCAAUGGAGGGCAGAGUACUUUGGAGGAUUUCAAGGCUGAUGACCCCUUACAGGACAGCAAGAGGAGGGUGCCUAAUGGACCUGAUCCUAUCCACAACAGGGGAACCGGCAAGUCCGGACGGUCGCCGGGCCGAGCAUGACGGCGGCGCGGAUGUCGAGGCGGCACGGAAGCUUCCGAAGCGGGGCAACAUGUGUGGAGCUAACCAGACGGUGCAUUGCAAGAAUGGAGAGGAACA